GACUAGAUCAUACUUCACUGCGUAUGUAUGGUGUAACACUGUAGGCCAAUCAAAUCGCUGCAUUGAGUAUGGUCUAUUAAUAUGGUAUUCGGAAAAGCUGAACUGGAAAUAAAACCAGUGGUCUCGCUUUGUUUGUAAUGUCAAAUGUGGAGUUUACAUUUCUAACAUUUGGUAGAUUUGUCGUCUGCUUGUGUUUCUGUUUAUUUUGUGAAGCAGACAUUAAGAGAAGGUAACUCUGCCGAUCACCCAGGAGUAUGUAAGAGUCGCCCUACUUCUGAAAACAGACAGUGACAUGUCCUAAGGUGAAAAUGGCUAGCACAAGAGGGACAGCCCAAUUGUUUUCUGCGACCUGUUUCUUAUCGAUCUAUUAUUUGUUACACACAGUGUCUGCUUGUGAUAAAGGAUGGUUUGGGUCUAGCUGCCAGUACAAAUGUCGCUGCGACCAAAACAGUUGCGAUCCAUUAGGACGCUGCACGGGAUCUUUAAAGUGUCUGAAUGGAUGGUUCGGACCUUCUUGCCAGUAUCAGAACCUCGCUAUCCCUGAGAACAUGGAACCCUCAGUGAAUAAGGUUUUAGUGGACCAGAAUGACGACACAUGUGACGGACACCUGCAGGGGGCGAUCCUUGACUGGAAGGGGUCAGCGUUCUACCCGGUCACCUGGAUCAGGUUGACCUUCAAAGAUCGCGCCGUUUCCAACCUUACUCUGAGUUUUGAAGCUCUUCAGGGUGCAAAGGUCAACCAAUCACCGAGGAACAUGUACACAACUUGCAGCAAAGAGACCCGAGUACUCUCUAACUCCAGGACUUUGGACAUCUUCUGUGAAUCCGCCCCGAUUGUCUACUCUGUCCGGUUACAAGGAGCAGGGAUUGAAUCACUGUGCUCUGUUUACAUAAGUGGGGGACGUAACGUUGCCUUGCGUCAAAGCACCUGGAUGUCCAGCGUGUCCACACUGUAUUCUAAAACGGCUGCCAGCGUCGUGGACGGAGUCGGACACAACAGUUCUGCUGCUACAACAUGCGUGUCGACAUCCCAGGAAGACAGAACUCCCAGGUUGAUUGUAACGAUGGCGAGGCCUGUGUACUUCAGUCGGUACAUUCUUGUUAACCCAGCGCCGACACAAAUGCGGUCAAACUCUCUUCUAGUGGAGGCUUUUACCUUUAAAAACGUGAUUAUAGAAAACCAUACCGCAGCUAAUCCGAACCCUCCCUCGAAAACGACAGUGAUCACCCCAAGACAACGUGACAGCGUCAAUCGACUGGAGAUCACUUCUUUAAAUGGCACGCUCUGGCUUUGUGAAGUGGAAAUUUACGGAGAUGUCAUUUGCCCCACCGGUACAUACGGGCUGGACUGUGACAUGCCGUGUCACUGUGCCAAUGCCACAGAGACAUGUUUCGUCAGCACAGGUCAGUGUCGGUCUGGUUGUGCUCGUGGAACACAAGGUGAAGGUUGCACGCAAGCCUGUGGCCCAGGUCAGCAUGGAGUCGAUUGUAAAGAACAAUGUUCACAAAACUGUGUCGACAAGAUAUGUAAUGGCACCACUGGUCAGUGUCAUUCUUGUGUCCAUGGUUUUACUGGAGACAUGUGUGAUCAAGUGUGUACCAAAGGCUACUAUGGUCCGAACUGUGUCCAUAUGUGUCCCCAAAACUGUCAAGAUAUGCAAUGCGAUGCUGUUGACGGACACUGUCUCGCGUGUGUCAGUGGCUACCAGGGUGUCCGUUGUGAACGAGCCUGUGGCCCAGGUCAACAUGGAGUCGACUGUAAAGAGCAAUGUCCACCAAACUGUGUCGACAACAAAUGUAAUGGCACCACUGGUCAGUGUUUAUCUUGUGUCAAUGGUUUCACUGGAGAUACGUGUAAUCAAGUGUGUGCCAAAGGCUACUAUGGUCCGAACUGUGUCCAUACGUGUCCCCAAAACUGUCACGAUAUGCUAUGCAAUUCUGUUGACGGACACUGUCUCACGUGUGUCAGUGGUUACCAGGGACUCCGUUGUGAACGAGUCUGUGGCCCAGGUCAACAUGGAGUCGACUGUAAUGAACAAUGCCCACCAAACUGUCACGACAAGAAAUGUAAUGGCACCACCAGUCAGUGUGUUUCUUGUGUCGAUGGGUUCACUGGAGGCACGUGUAAUCAAGUGUGUGCCAAAGGCUACUAUGGUCCGAACUGUGUCCAUAUGUGUCCCCAAAACUGUCAAGAUAUGCGAUGCGACGCUGUUGACGGACACUGUCUCGCGUGUGUCAGUGGCUACCAGGGUGUCCGUUGUGAACAAGAAUGUAACAAAGGUCAUUAUGGCGUCAAGUGCAAUUACAGCUGUCCCGAGAACUGCAAAAAUAAAACAUGUCAUGCCAGUACUGGUCAGUGUUUUCAGUGUGUCCCUGGCUACCGAGGGGAUAAAUGCCAAGAAGCAUGUGACAUCGGCUUUCACGGCGCCCUGUGCAGUCAGACGUGCCCCAAACAGUGCAACAACAGCCACUGUAACGUCACCACUGGCCUGUGUCUGGGAUGUCAAGAUGGAUACUAUGGCGACGCGUGUGAUCAAGUUUGUGUUUCCGGAAGCUAUGGUCGGGACUGUAGCAUGAACUGUAGUGACGUCUGCAAUGUACCAACCUGCCAUCCCGUGACUGGAGCGUGCCCAGCCGACUGCGUAGAUCCAAACAGUGAAAUUAUGUGUCAACAUGCACUAACGUCCACUGUCCUGAACGCGGAGGCGGAUUCCAUCAACUGGACAUUAGUGAUAAUAGCUCUGGUCAUCUCUCUGGCCUUCACGGUCGUGGCAGCGAUUGUCAUCGUCAAAUACAGAAGCAGGUGCAAGAAGCAAUGGACUGGUCACGUGACGUAUCAAAGGACUCCGUCUGAGCAGAACGCCUAUAUACAAGUUAUUGACAGGACAAGUUCAGGAGGACAUUCGGAACAUUUUAAUGGAUUUAACUUUGACAAUACCUUCUAUGAUCUAACAAUGGAGAAGCCUGUCUGCAGCUCAUGGCCAGCGGAAGAAUCAAGCAAAAGUUUACUGCUAGGAUCAGGAGAGGCGAUAUGCAAAGGGAAAAGCCAAGGAUCAGCGGGAGCGGCAUGCUGGUCAGAGGGACAGCUGCCACUAGGCGGCCAAUCGUUUGAAAGCUGCCACAAACUGUAUGUUGAUAUGUCUGGUGGUCAAGAGAACAUUUAUGAGAGAAUAGAUGACGGCGUCUACGAUUGUUGUAUCAAAAAUUUCGCUGAAGAACAAGUGUACGAACACUUGAGUUAAAGACAUGACCAAAUCUGCAUUAAACACACGGUGGCCAUUAAACACACGUGACCAUUAAACACACGUGACCAUUAAACGCACCCGAGCCGUUACAUGGAACGAACAAAGUCACAACGAAUAUACACGACAAAUCACAUUAAACACACUUACAUUAGACAUAUUUAAACAAUUACAUUAAACACAAUAUAACUAUUACAUUAAACACAUACCUUAAACACAAUAGGACAAUUACAUUAAAAUCUAACUAGCCUUUUCAUUAAACACAUUCAAACAAUUAAACUAAACACACAUUAACAAUGGUAUUAAACACAAGAACAAAACAAUUAUGAAUCCAGUAGGCUCGACUGGGGCGAUAUUUACCUUGCAAAGACAAUAGUGAAAAAGUUGAUUCCAACCUUCUUUGUCAACGAACAAUUGUAAAGGUUUCUUUUCCUCUAAUACCUUGUCAAUAUGUGUGUGUUUUUUGUGUUUUGUUAAUACUUUAAGAGAAGUGCACUUAACAUCGACACACACGCAUCAUACAUAUAUGUUAGCAAACUCCAGGCAUUGCCAACGAAUUCGGUAAUUUCCGUUUCUCUCGUCUAAAGUCGGGACCCAAAGCGCCUAUAACGACGAAAGUUGUUGACAAGCCUUGCUAGGUCUACGAUGUCACUGUCCGAGAGGUUGCUAAUUCUAGCUAGAUCUAGAACUUUUGAACGUCUAAGGAUAGUUCCGUAUUUGCAAUGACCAUUGUCCUGGAGGGUUUCUUCUGAUAUGAAUUCCAUUGUUCUAGUCAUGUCUUGAACUCUACUUAUAAAGGUUCAUCAUUUAUGUGAUGUAUGUCAGUAUACCAGACAAACAAGUUUUCGAUUGCAUUAUGACAAUAUUGCAAUAAACUUUAAAGUGGUUGCAGCUGUUGCCAUUAGAAAGUUGCUUUCUAUUCAAAUUUGACACAUAGUUAUAGUACUGCUAACAUUAUCCGUCAGCUUCUAUCUGCAGAAAGCAAAGACGUAACUAGCAAUGUGUGGUCUGUGCAGGCCGCACUGGGCAUCUGGUGGUGAUGGGCAUCAAAUUAAACAUCAACAUUACAUUACAGUAGAUCCCUGGACACAUUGGCGUCAUGGGAAAUGAAAGGGCAGAUAAGCUUUCAAAAGCAGAAUCAUCUAUGGAAAAACCAGAUAGACCUGUUAACUACCUCACCCUAAGGUCAAUGUUAAUCAACAAUCAACCAAUGGGCAACAGGAAACACUGGCAGAGCCAUGUACAAAGAAAUAAUGCCUAACAAACUGGACAGUAUUAACUUCCUCCUCCGCAAAGAGCAAUCUACAAUCUUCCAACUAAGGACAGGACACACACCUCUGUUAAAUUACCAUCUCAAUAAAAUAAAUCCCACACAACUCCCCCUUUAUAGAAACUGCGCCCACCCUUAUGAAACCGUAAACCAUAACCUUUUUGAAUGCCCCUUCCUAAUCCACCUUAGGCAGACCCUACUACCACUUCAGCCCAACAUAACCAACACCCUGUACGGCAGUGCUGAACAACUGAAGAAAACAGCACACUAUUUUUACUUGGUACAGUCUGCAAAAGAGCUGACAGCUCAGCAGCAAAAAGCUGGCAAGAAUAAGAAGGACCCUAGAUUCCGAUUUAUUGGUCUGCGUCUAAAAAGAUCAUGUCCGGUCAGCCUGACACCAUAGACAGACCGACACCAUAGACAGACCGACUCCAUAGACAGACCGACACCAUAGACAGACCCCCAUAACUGAAAAAUGUAGUGCUAUGUGGGCAUCACAUUAAAAAUAUGUUCGGUGAUUUAAUUAGGAUGAAUCAAAAGGAGCUGUCGCACUCGGCAUCAAGUACCCUAGGUACGCCACCGCAAGUAGUUCCGUUUCAAUGUGUAAUGUUAAAUCAAUGAUGUCUUUUAUAAAAGCAUCUUUCCUGCAGUCGAUCCCAAUAUUUGUAGUCUUUACCCAUGAGACUUAUA